AUGAAUAGUAAUAAAGUUAACCCUAAAUCAGAUAUUAUAAAAAUGUAUAGAGUCUGGCGCCUUGGAAAUGAGUCAAAAGAUGGUGCUGAAGAAGAUGAAAGCGAGGAAAAUGAUGAGGAGGUGCAAACUUACAAAGGGCGAGCGGAUCUCCUACGGGUUCUUGAAGAUGAACGGGAAGAAGAUGAAGAAAGUCCUACCCUGGAACAAGAAGGUCCAAGUCCUAAUCCCGCUGAAGAGGGUCCUCCUCUAUUGGAAGACUCACAACCUGAGCAGGAACCUGGUGUUCACAGUGUGCAAGCUCGGCGUCAAGAAAUGAGAAAAUUAUUGUGGAAAAAGCAGAGUAUGUGGACGUCUGAAGAUGAUGUGGCUUUUUUGGGCAGUUUAGAUUAUGUGCAAACUAACCGACUGCCAAAUCAUAAGUUACCAAAUCCAAAAUCAUACAUGAAGCAAACUAUAGCAAGAGGAUCGUAUGAAGAACACAUGACAGCUUACGAUGGAACAGAUUUAUCCGUUACUAUGUGGAAAGACAUGUGGUUAAAUUUUUAUCAACCUAUGUGGGGGCGGAGCCAGUCCAAAAAACAAAUAGAUAUAAUAAGUCUAAAAAAGAAAAAAAUUCUAAUCGACUGCCCACUGAUAGUCAAAGAUUACAACUCCCACAUGGGAGGCGUAGAUUUGUUGGAUAGUUAUAUAGGAAGAUACCAUAUAACCAUAAAAAAUAGAAAAUGGUAUGUGCGAUUGUUCCAUCACUUCUUGGACCUGGCCAUGAUUAAUUCAUGGUUAGCUUACAAAGAACUUGUGUCACAAAAAAGUAGUUCAAAUGAGAAACUGUGCAACCUGGGCGUCUUUCGUCUAGAAGUAGCUGAAACCCUUUGCCUUAUGGGAAGAAAUGAUAUGAAAAGAGGAAGGCCAAGUUCAGCUCUAGAGAAGGAAAUUCAGGCGAAAAAGAGGAAAGCCGUUUCCCAAGUUGCACCAGUAAAAAAAUGUUCGACUAAACCAAGUGGCACACUGGCCAGUUUUUUGUGA